AUCUGCGGGUCUUCUCCCCCACGUGUCCUCUGGUCCAGGCUGUAGUGGAUCAUGACCGACCUCAGUGUUUCUGUGUUCACCAGUAGCAUGGGUGCUAUACACUGAGGGAUCUGUACCUGCACCACACAGACUGCUGCCCCCGGAGCGUAGCUCCUCUCCCCGGCGUCAUGAUGGCCCUGAACCGCUGUGCUAGCCUGCUGCGCCGCCGGUCCUGCUCUCUGUUCCGCCGCCGCGCUGCUGCUGCUCCUGCUCCUGCUCCCAGCUCCGGCAGCAGUGGCGUGACUCUGGGCUUCACCCCGCCGCUGAGUCGCUCCACCUCGGACAGGACGCCCAGAAUCCCGGACACUUCUCUGUUCGUGCCGGUGGCUGUAAAGAGCAACGGGGACGGAGCGGUGGGAGCAGAGCUAACAAAGCCUCUGGAAAAAGGUGAACUUCUGAAGGUCCUAAAUAAAUUUUACAAAAGGAAGGAGAUGCAGAAGCUUGCUGCUGACCAGGGGUUUGAUGCUCGACUUUUCCACCAAGCCUUCGUCAGUUUUAGGAAGUUUGUCCUGGAGAUGAAUGCGCUUGAUGCCGAUCUGCACAUCAUUCUCAGUGAUAUCUGCAAUGGAGCAGGCCAUGUAGAUGAUAUUUUCCCCUACUUCAUGAGGCAUGCCAAGCAGAUCUUUCCCAUGCUAGACUGUAUGGAUGACUUGCGCAAAAUAAGCGAUUUGCGUGUUCCAGUUAACUGGUACCCAGAUGCCAGGGCUAUUCAGCGGAAGAUUGUUUUCCAUGCAGGUCCCACCAACAGUGGUAAAACUUAUCACGCCAUUCAGAGAUACCUGGAAGCCAAGUCUGGAGUUUACUGUGGUCCUCUUAAGCUGCUGGCCCACGAGAUCUUUGAGAAAAGUAACACUGCAGGUGUACCAUGUGAUCUGGUGACAGGAGAAGAGAGAACCUUUGUGGAUCCAGAGGGGAAGCAGUCUAGUCAUGUUGCCUGUACCAUUGAGAUGUGCAGUGUAACCACUCCAUAUGAGGUAGCGGUAAUAGAUGAGAUUCAGAUGAUCAAAGAUCCCUCCAGAGGAUGGGCCUGGACUAGAGCUCUUUUGGGUUUGUGUGCAGAGGAGAUCCAUGUGUGUGGUGAAGCUGCAGCCAUUAACUUUAUCACUGAGCUCAUGUACACUACUGGUGAGGAGGUGGAGGUCCAUAACUACACGAGGCUGACUCCAUUCUCCAUCUCGGAUAAGGCAGUGGAGAAUUUGGAUAACCUGGAGCCUGGUGACUGCAUUGUGUGUUUUAGCAAGAACGACAUCUACUCUGUGAGUAGGCAGAUCGAGAUCCGUGGAUUGGAAUGUGCCGUUAUAUACGGAAGCCUUCCCCCUGGCACAAAGCUGGCUCAAGCGAAAAAGUUCAAUGACCCAGAUGACCACUGUAAGAUCCUCGUGGCUACAGAUGCGAUUGGAAUGGGUUUGAACUUGAGCAUCAGGAGGAUAAUCUUUAACUCUCUGGUGAAGCCCAAUGUGAAUGAGAAAGGAGAGAAAGAGAUGCUUCCUCUCUCCACCUCCCAGGCUCUUCAGAUUGCAGGACGAGCAGGACGCUUCAGUUCUGUGUUUAAGGAGGGUAUGGUGACCACUAUGCAUAGGGAAGACUUACCUGUGCUGAAGGAAAUCCUGAGCAGACCUGUGGAUCCUGUGGAGACAGCAGGGCUGCACCCCACAGCAGAGCAGAUCGAGAUGUUUGCAUAUCACCUUCCUGAGGCCACGCUCUCCAAUCUCCUCGAUAUAUUUGUAAGUCUCUCUCAAGUGGAUGGCCUUUACUUUGUCUGCAACAUCGAUGACUUCAAAUUCCUGGCAGACAUGAUUCAGCACAUUCCUCUCCACCUGCGCUCUCGCUACGUCUUCUGCACCGCCCCCAUCAACAAGAAACAGCCAUUCGUCUGCACAUCCUUUCUAAAGUUUGCCAGACAGUUUAGCAGAGAUGAGCCACUGACAUUUGACUGGGUUUGUCGGCACAUCAGCUGGCCCCUCACCCCCCCAAAGAACCUCAAAGACCUGGUCCAUCUAGAGGCUGCCCAUGACGUACUGGAUCUUUACCUCUGGCUCAGCUAUCGGUUCAUGGACAUGUUUCCGGAUGCUAACCUCAUCCGAGAGAUCCAGCAGGAGCUGGAUGGUAUAAUCCAGGUUGGCGUGCGGAACAUCACACGACUUAUUCGGGCCACAGAGGCCCAGGCUCCCAGCCCAGCCCCUAAUUCCAAAACUCCUGGCCCGAAGCCCCAGUCACCCUCACUCAGAGGAGCUCGGGUCUCAAGAGCCCAGACCAGCAAGGAGGAGAAGGACAGGACUGUGAACACCUCGCUGAGCUCACGCCUGUUGCAGGAAGGACUGCUUACACCAGAGCUCCUGCAGCAGCUGCAGAAAGAGUGGUCUAAAGACAACAACUACAGUGCAAGUUUUAGAAAAGGAACUGCAACCAAACUGAAGAAAAAUAAGUGACACAGACUGACAUUAAAUGUUUGUGCAGGCUCCUAUUUAACUAGUACAUAGUGUCCUGAUGUGGACCUUUUUUUGAACUGAUAUGUGAUUUUGUUUCUGGGAAGCUACAGACUUUGGGGGAAAUGUCAAGAGAGUUGGAGCAUCCAUGGUUCAGAAUAAAACAGUUUUUAUUGGUUUCAAAUGAAAAUGUUAAAUUGAGGCUGAUUACACAGUGGCUGAUUUUAAAUGUAAGCAAUAUGCUUACACUAAACUUGUUUGCUUGGUCAUAGUUCAGGAUUCAGCCAUUUUUGAUGGUUAUUUUUGUAUUUUAUAUCAAAUUAGUCUAUGUAAAAGAGUUUAGAAGAGUUUCCUUCCAUGUAACAUGCAUUUAUGCUAGGAACUGUGUACCAUGUGACUAUCCUUCGUGUAAUUAAAACCCAGAUAUGUUCUUCCUUCUCAAAAAGAGGGAAUCUCAUAAACUCUAAUUCUAGACUAUAGUACUGAGGAAUUUCUCACAUGUGCCUAAAUGCAGAGUUUAAAGCAGCAGUAUGAAGCAUUUUUACUUUAAAAUAACCACUUCCUAAUCUGUUGAUCUGCCACUGGCCUGUAAUGGGGAGAGUAAUGCCACCUUCAUUGCUACUCGGGACUCAGCAUGCCAGAAAAUAUAGGACUAUAUAAUAUUAGUGAGGUAAUGAGUAAUAUUUGGGUAACAUACAGUAAUGUAACUUUAUUGCAGCAAUCCACAUGUUUCUUUAAUUUCAUAUACUGUAUCUCACUAAAGUUGGAUAAAAAGUGUGUCCUUCCUCCUGAGCAAAAAAAUGAUAGUUCUCCCAUAAUGCUGCUUUAAUAAUGUUUAAAGGCCAAUUUAUUAUUUAAAAGCUGGCCAAAUUGUGUUUUUUAACCGAUCUGAUGAGAUGUCCACACUGUUAUUUGCAAGUGAUCAGAUUGGAUUUGUUGCUCCUCGUGAAGUUCUAUAAUUGUUUGUUUUUUGAUGAUAUAGAAAAAUGGCUAGAGCGUCUAAACUGAGACACAUCUGUACAAAUCUGAUUGUUGUCACAUUUCAGACCACCUCCAAAUAUGUUGGAUCUGCUUUAAUUUAAUUUAUUUAUUUUUUGUUUGCCACAAAUCUGAUUUGGAAUGACAUUCUGAACACAGCCUUUUUAUGCAUCCAUAAGUAGUGUAAAAAUAUAUAUAUAUUAAUGAUAUUAAUGACCAUAAAAUGUAUUAAGAAAAAAAAAGAUCUUUAAUAACUAACAAUAUGGUAAAAUAAUGUUGAUUUUUGAGUUUUCACAUUGCAUUCAUCACUAUGUUUUGGCACAGAGACAACAUUGCAUAUAUUUAUUUUUUUAUAUACUAAACCAUCUCUUUGUAAUAAAACCAUCAGUGGUCAGAAAAUACUGAUGAUAUCCAUGAAACACUGGAGCUGGAUAAUGAGUGUCCUGUGCUUUAGUGUGUGUUUUUUUAUGUGGUGUGGAAGGAACAGUAGGUCAGGCUGAGCAGAGGCCUCCUGAUGUGGCUUAACACGGACGUGAUUUAGAACAUCAUCUUCUGUUUUGUGUUUGCUGAUCUUACCGUUUAGUCUGUGACUGUCACCAUGGCCACUGCAGAAAUCAUGCUGAUGAAAGCAAGCAACUUCACACACUGUGAUCUUACAGUUAAAUCACUGGUAAAAGUUUAACAAUGUCUAUGAUAUCGAUUAAUGAAUAAAAUAUAUUUUAAAUAAAUAUUUUUUU